AUGAAGGAAGGAGCCACCACUCCAUUGUGGAUUGAUAUUGUGUUGUGUAUCUUUUUCUGGUUCCCGGGCAUUUUGUAUGCCAUCUAUGUCGUAUUGAAAGAUUAA